UAAUUAUGUGAUUAUCACCGCUGAUAAACAACCAGCUUAUCAGCGCUUAUCUAAUCUCGAAAAAAAUCAAUAUCCGUCCAAGUAUGAAGACACCAGCCAGGUUUCGCCAUGUAGGUAAACCAAAAAGUAUUUUCCUCACAUUUUCUCAUUUUUCGCAUUUUCCAACACAUUUUUCUCACCCAGAAUGACGCUUGAAUUGCUCCUGUUGUGCUCGCUAAUCUUCAUCUUCAUCGUCUCCUUCUGCGGCCUCCUGCAGAAGAUCAAGCAGUCCUAUCAGCGCGAGCGGAUCAUAGCAGACAGAAUGGCCAGAAGGCAGACGGGCCGUCGCGACGCCCAAUCCGACGCCUACAUCAACAGCACCUUCGUCGAGGACUUCGACACCGGCUCCGGAAUCUUCCCCGAAGCCCCACCUCCCUAUACUCAGCCGGACGAUCCGCCGAAGUACGAGGAUAUCGUGAAAUCCGAAGGGAAUAAUGUCUUGGUGGUACCUGGUGGGAAUCUUCGUCAGGAAGUACCGAUUCCCCAUUCGACUCCGCCGCCUCCUUACACAAUCACCACGUAGCCGGUUGUUGGGAUAGUAAGAGGCCACCCCGGAGGUUAUGUUUUCGAAUUUAUCGGGUUUUCUCGAGUGCUGGAAAAUCGAUAAAUUCGGAUGAGAAAAAGACUGUUUAUGAGUAUAUUGCGGCAAGUUUCAAAAGUUGGAGUUUUUUGUAACUCUCGUUUUUUUUUAUAUUUUUUUUUUUAAUUUAAGAGCACGAGUAUUUUAACCGCUGAUUGAAUGUGAUGUUUCGAUUAAAUUCGUUUUUUAUCUUGUACAUUCUGUAAAUUAUGUUGUAGGUAUGUUUAUUAAAUAAUGUUAGUAAUAAUUAUGUUAUUUAUUGAAGAACAAUUUACAUAACAAUUAUUAGGAAUAAUUGGAAUAAAGGAAAUAAAGUUUGUACAUUUUAAAAUAACAAUGACG